UUGUCGUGUUAUUGCAUUGCAAGCAAAAUGCGUUAGAUAUUUAAUUAAUUUAUGCCAUUUCCCUGAAGAUUAUAUUCUAAUUAACUUUAUAUGACGUAAUGCAAUUCUACUCUGACUUAAGUUACUUUAAACUUUUUAUAUAUUUUUUGGUAUAAAAUGCGCUUUGUACGAAAUGCUGCUGUAUAAACUAGGGAAAAGAGCGAUAAGGAGCGCAUGUUGUUGAUAGACAGGGUUGCCAGAUCUGCGCUGGGAAAUUUCCCGUUCUUUUUGCUUACAUUCAGUCUCUGACCGAGGCUUUGGUCCAAAGUCCCCGAGGCUGUUAGGAAUAAUAGCUCUGAAGGAGUGGAGGGGGUAAAUGAGUUGUGUUUGAAGGCAGCGGAGCAGGAGAGGAAGGUGCUGGAUGGUAGAUAGGAGCCGUGUGUUUGGAGGAGGAGGAGGAGGUGAAGGAGGAGGAGUGUGACUCUGUAAUUACGUGGCUGGGGGGAGAAAAAAGAAGAAGAAGAAAAAAGUUGGGUCUGAUUUGCUGGAAUCGCGCAAGAUUGCGAAGGUGUGCAUCGGACGAUUUCCACACACCAAGUUUGGUGGACGCAGUGGGUUUGAAGAGCACGCAUCGCGACACGCACGGGCGCGCUCCGAAGCUGCGCAGCAUUCACGCGUUUUAUGAACGACAUUGCGCCGCACCGACACUCGCAGAGAGCCCACGCACCGGAGGAGUACGCAGCAGCUCCGUUUGCACCGGCUCCACGAGCAGACCCUGCCGCUGCAUGUGAACUUUAAAUAAAUUAAUUUUAACAUUCACCACCUGCAAAUAUAUAUAUUUUUUACUUUAUUUUCUGUGAGCGGAACUGACAAUCUUCGGAUCGCAGAAAAACAAAUCUAUGGACGUCCUUGGAUAAUCUCUUUUGUGGCUCUUUCGCGGAACGCUGCUCCACAGUCUUGCACCGUGCACAUCGGUCCAGGAAUGGCGCGAUAAAGUGUUUAGAGGAAUCAGUCCAAGUGCAGUCACUCUCUGUUUAGCCGUCUCAUCAUGUACUCUCCAAUUUGUCUCACUCAGGAUGAAUUUCAUCCCUUCAUCGAGGCACUUCUCCCUCACGUCCGGGCCAUUGCCUACACAUGGUUCAACCUCCAGGCCAGAAAACGCAAGUACUUCAAGAAGCACGAGAAGCGGAUGUCCAAGGACGAGGAGCGUGCGGUGAAGGACGAGCUCCUGAGUGAGAAGGCAGAGGUUAAGCAGAAGUGGGCAUCCAGGCUGCUGGCCAAGCUACGUAAAGACAUCCGGCAGGAGUACCGGGAGGACUUUGUCCUCAGCGUGACGGGCAAGAAGCACCCAGGCUGCGUGUUGUCCAACCCGGACCAGAAGGGCAAGAUCCGCAGGAUCGACUGUUUGCGGCAGGCAGACAAAGUCUGGCGUCUGGACCUGGUGAUGGUCAUCCUCUUCAAAGGCAUCCCCCUGGAAAGUACAGACGGCGAGCGGCUGGUCAAGUCUCCACAUUGCAACAACCCAGCACUUUGUGUCCAGCCACACCACAUAACAGUAUCGGUCAAAGAGCUGGACUUGUUUCUAGCAUACUAUGUCCAGGAAGACUCGCAGCAGUCAGGAAGUCCCAGUAACAAUGAGCCAGGCAAGAACCCUCUUCCAGUCUACUUGGAAGACAGCUUCAUCAAAUCAGGAGUCUUCAGUGUUUCAGAACUGGUGCGGGUUUCCAGAACGCCCAUCACCCACGGUGCAGCAGUAAACUUCUCCAUGGCUGACAUGCCCAGCCAACCCUACUACCAUGACCUGAACUCCAGCGUGGGGCUGCACCGCUCGCUCUCCUCCCCUCCCGGCAGCAAAAGGCCCAAAACCGUCAGCAUGGACGAGAACAUGGAUACAAGCCCGACAGGACCUGACUUCUACUCCUCACCCAGCUCCCCUGCCAGCAGUCGAGCAAACUGGCACGAAAGAGAUGGCGACAUGUCCUCGCCCACCAUGAAGAAGCCAGAGAAGCCUCUGUUCAGCCCCACAUCUCCACAGGACUCCUCGCCACGACUCAGCACUUUCUCUCAAUCUCACCACCCAGGACUAACAGGUGUAGGACACAGUGUUAUAUCGACGAGGAGCCCCCCUCCACACUCGCCCCUGCAGUUCUCUGCCUCGGCUAUCCUGCCCCCGGCACCGUCGGCCUACUUCCCACACAGCACCAUCCGCUACCCGCCCCACCUCAACCCUGCUGAUCCUCUCAAGAGCUAUGUGCCGUCGUACGACCCGUCCAGCCCGCAGAGCAGCCAGCCUAACAGCAGUGGUCAGGUGGUAGGCAAGGUUCCAGGCCACUUCACACCAGUCCUGGCUCCUUCUCCACAUCACAGCGCAGUGCGACCUGUCUCACUCUCCAUGCCUGACACCAAGCCCAUCACAACGUCCACAGAAGUGUACUCCACCCCUGGAACCCCAACAGCUAAUCGUUUUGUCGGCCUAAGCCCCAGAGAUCCCACCUUUCUCCACCAGCAACAGCUGAGGAAGUGUGACUGGAGCGUGACUCAAAACGGCAGACAUUAUGGCCCCAGUGCCACUGACGACACUUUGGGGAUUGCUUGGCAAAGUCCUGGUACCUGGGCGAGCUUAGUUCCAUUCCAAGUGUCGAACGGGACUCCGAUUCUGCCAACAAAUGUCCACCAGAACUACAGCAUAAACAUCAUUGGUGAGCCGCUGGUUCCCGCUGAGACAGGGAACUGAACCUGCAGAGGCCGGACAGACCCCCCCCCCUCACUCUCAGGGCGACUUGGUGGGUGUAGGGGGGGUUGUGUUGGUGAUGCUGAGCUACAGUAGCACUAGAGGUGUCCGCAGCCAUGGAUGAAACCAGCAAAGCAGCUCAAGCUGCACAAUUGUUCCUUCAUCCCUCUCCUUCCUGCCUUAGUCCCGCCCCCCACGCCCCAACCCUCCUGUUCUCACAUCAUCUGUGUCUCUCCCUGAUUCUGCUCCCCCUCAAUCCCCAAACACGAUGGACCCUGUCCAUAAAGUGAAGACGCGUCAAAGGACAGAGACAUACACAUAAAAAAAAAAAUGGAUAAAACAGCAACCAAGCCCAGACCAUCCCGUACAUCCACCACCCACCAGUCAGUGGUUGAAUUAUCAGAACUUUUCAGUUCGUUCAAAUACUGUGAUGUAUAGAUGCCUUAAUGUUUUAUUGCAUGACACUCUAGUCUCUUAGAGGCAAUUUCCUUCUAUUUUUAUUUUUGUGUCAGGGGAAAAUGUAAAAUCUUGACAGACACACAUAUACAUGAGUGAAUAGGUGUGUGUUAGGAAAAAUAAUUCUCAACAAUCUCUGCCUGGUGGAUGCUCCGAGACUCUGAGCUCUUUCCAAGUCUGACCUCUUAUGAAGAGGCUUUCGCCUGUCAAAUGAUUCACUGUGUACAACCAUAGGAUCAAAAAUCAUGAAUUCAGUGUUUCUCUUCCUCUUCUUCUUCUUCUUUAACUUCUUCUUCUUCUUCUUGUUCAACUUCUUCUUUUUUUGAGUUCAGUUUACUGUGAUAUGACAUGUUUGGGAAAGAAAUUGUGUUGACUUUGUUUAGUCUUUAUUGCUAUAGUACUUUCUGCAAGGAUUAAUGUAAACUCCCACUGUGAGAGUUGAGAACUCUUCAUGUGGUUUAAGUAAAAAAAAAACACUAAAUCUAAGGUUUUGAGAUUUGACCCCCCCUUGAACGAUUUCCAAGUCCUUUGCAAAAGGACUAAGAAAAAAAAGAGAUGGAGAAUGAGAAAAUAUCGAAAGAGGCAAGUGCAAUUGAAUUUUUGAAGGGAAGCUAUCAGUCUGUCAUCCCUAAGACUCUAAAGGAAAGGGGAUAAAUAUAAAAUGGUCUUGUGAAAAGAUGAAAAAAAAAAGUUUUGGAAAACAUUGAAAAUUUGAUUGCAGUCCCAUAAUCGUCUCCUGACAAGAGAAAACAUCAGACAUGAAUUACAU